ACAGGCGGAGGCUGGGGCGGGGUGGGAAUGGGGCACCCGAGGCCGGCGAGGGGCGCAGCGCAGGAGGUGGCUACGGUGGCUGCGGCGGCAGCGUGAGCGCGAGGAGGCGGCGGCUGCGGCGGGGCGGGCGGUCGCGCGGCGGCAGGCACAGGUGGAAUGGAUAGGUAACAGAGAAGCCGUCUUCACUGUCUCAUCAGGGAGGCAGAAUGACCGAGUGCUUCCUGCCCCCCACCAGCAGCCCCAGUGAACACCGCAGGGUGGAACAUGGCAGUGGGCUCACCCGAACUCCCAGUUCUGAGGAGAUCAGCCCAACUAAGUUUCCCGGGUUGUACCGCACUGGCGAGCCCUCGCCUCCCCAUGACAGCCUCCACGAGCCUCCUGAUAUAGUGUCUGAUGAUGAGAAGGACUAUGGGAAGAAAAAAGGAAAAUUUAAGAAAAAGGAAAAAAGGACUGAAGGCUAUGCUGCCUUUCAGGAAGACAGCUCUGGAGAUGAAGCUGAAAGUCCUUCCAAAAUGAAGAGGUCCAAGGGAAUCCAUGUUUUCAAGAAGCCCAGCUUUUCUAAAAAGAAAGAGAAAGAUUUUAAAAUAAAAGAGAAACCCAAAGAGGAAAAACAUAAAGAAGAAAAGCACAAAGAAGAAAAACAUAAAGAGAAGAAGUCAAAAGACUUGACAGCAGCUGAGGUUGUUAAACAGUGGAAGGAAAAGAAGAAAAAGAAGAAGCCAGUUCAGGAGCCAGAGGUGCCUCAGAUGGAUGUUCCGAAUCUCAAACCCAUUUUUGGAAUUCCUUUGGCUGAUGCCGCAGAGAGGACCAUGAUGUAUGAUGGCAUUCGACUGCCAGCAGUGUUCCGUGAAUGUGUAGAUUAUGUAGAGAAGUAUGGCAUGAAGUGUGAAGGCAUCUACAGAGUUUCAGGAAUUAAAUCAAAGGUGGAUGAGCUGAAAGCAGCCUAUGACAGAGAGGAGUCUCCAAAUUUGGAAGAAUAUGAGCCUAACACUGUAGCCAGUUUGUUGAAGCAGUAUUUGCGGGACCUUCCAGAGAACCUGCUCACCAAAGAGCUUCUGCCUCGCUUUGAAGAGGCCUGUGGGAGGAGCACGGAGAGUGAGAAAGCGCAGGAAUUCCAGCGCCUGCUGAAGGAGCUGCCGGAGUGCAACCAGCUCCUGAUUUCCUGGCUGAUCGUGCACAUGGACCAUGUUAUUGCAAAGGAACUGGAAACAAAAAUGAAUAUACAGAACAUUUCCAUAGUGCUCAGCCCAACUGUCCAGAUUAGCAAUCGUGUCCUGUAUGUGUUCUUCACGCAUGUGCAAGAGCUCUUUGGAAAUGUGGUACUAAAGCAAGUGACAAAACCUCUUCGAUGGUCUAACAUGGCCACCAUGCCCACACUGCCAGAGACCCAGGAGAGCAUCAAGGAGGAGAUCAGGAGACAGGAGUUUCUUUUGAAUUGUUUACAUCGAGAUCUGCAGGGUGGGAUAAAGGAUUUAUCUAAAGAAGAAAGACUAUGGGAAGUACAAAGAAUUUUGACAGCCCUCAAGAGAAAACUGAGAGAAGCUAAAAGACAAGAGUGUGAAACCAAGAUUGCACAAGAGAUAGCCAGUCUUUCAAAAGAGGAUGUUUCCAAAGAGGAAAUGAAUGAAAAUGAAGAAGUUAUAAAUAUUCUCCUUGCCCAGGAGAAUGAGAUUCUGACGGAGCAGGAGGAGCUUCUGGCCAUGGAGCAGUUCCUGCGCCGACAGAUCGCCUCAGAGAAGGAGGAGAUCGAGCGCCUCAGAGCCGAGAUUGCCGAGAUUCAGAGUCGUCAGCAGCACGGCCGAAGCGAAACGGAGGAAUACUCCUCUGACAGUGAGAGCGAGAGUGAGGACGAGGAGGAGCUGCAGGUCAUCCUGGAGGACCUGCAGAGACAGAACGAAGAGCUGGAGAUAAAGAACAAUCAUUUGAAUCAAGCAAUCCACGAGGAGCGAGAGGCCAUCAUCGAACUGCGCGUGCAGCUCCGCCUGCUCCAGCUGCAGCGAGCCAAGCCCGAGCCGCAGGGGCAGGACGACACUGAGCCCGAGCGGCGCGGGGGUGCCGUCCAGCCACCCAGAGACGGCGCCCCGGAGACGAAAGCAGCUAAAGAGCAGCCAAAGGCAGGCAAGGAGCAGGCCAAGCCAUCGCCGAGCAGAGACAGGAAGGAGACGGCCAUCUGAGCGUCCCGUGCUCGUGGCACCCCAGACCCAGCAAGACUGUGCAUCUUACUGUAAACGCGGGAGUCAGAGCCACAGCUCUCGGCUGUGCAUUCUAUAAAGACGUCUUUUCUUCUCAAAGACUCUUCCCUCUCUCACACGUAUGACUUCUCCGUGUCGGGCUCAGGUUACACGGGAGGACAAAGCGGUGGACGCAUUGUGGGCUUGUAGGGGACAGAUGAGUUUUCCAGAUAGUGUCAGCUUAUUUGAAGAUUAAUUUUCUUUGUUAACUUAAAAUAACUAUUUUAACCCUUGAGUGGCUUCUUUUUAAACCAAAAAUCAUCUUUCUUUGCUUUUUUAUUACGGCAGAAUCAGGAUCUCUUUCUCUCGUUCAAGGUAGGGGGGACCAAACAAGGUAAAUACUGUUCCUGCCUUGUGGCUCGCCCCGUAGUCUCGCCCUCCAGGAUCUCUGCUUACCUAGUCACUCUUGCUUGUGCCUUUUACACCUUUUCGGUGCAGAUUGUAAAUGGGGAGCUGCCUCCUAUUUCCUGACUGGCCAGAAUGGCUCUUACUGGGGUUACCAUUACCCACCCUCGUCACCCUCUCCUUUGACAGUCCUAAACCACAGUCCAUGAGCCCGAGUCACCAGGACGGCCUAGUUGGCCUCAGACAGAGCUGCCUGUGGAGCCUGCCCCCUGGCCCUGGGGCAACGUGGCCGGUGGAGGAGCAGCCGCCUCGCUCCUUUGGCUCUUUCCGGCUCCUCACGGCUAGUGAUCAGCAGGUGCUCCUCACUGGGUUGGUUGGUGGCAGCUGCCUUGGCCUAAUGCACCCACACAAAGGAUCUGUUUCUCAAACCAGAAUCGUCAAUGUGACUGACUUCCAUUAAAAACAGAAUGACUUAGAUUGCUUGCUUGGGCUGGAAUGUAAACGUCUCUUUGCCUGAAUAAGCCAUAUAUUUACUGUUAAACAAGUUUUCAAUUCUCCAUGUCGUCUCAGUGAACCUGCUGAGGACUCCCAAUUGACGAGAUUGAGCAAUAGAAAACCUCCUUUUAAUGCUAGCCGUGAUCCCCAAUCCUGUUUUCUUGCUUCUGUCACUUCUCUGGUGACCUGAGGCGUCUGGGGGGCCAGCUCUCAGGCACCUUCGUUCAGCCGCGCUCUGUCCAAAUAAAUGGCACCCAUGAGGUAGGUCAGCUCUCAUGGCUGUGAAGACAAACCCCACACACGGUGAUGGAAACAAACCCCACGAGGGCUCUGUCCUCUCCUCCUAGUUAGUAUUUAUUUUCAGCACCUGUUUGAUGCGGUUUUUUAUCCUCUACCUAUUGCACUGUUGUGACUUGUUGGCCAUUAUUUGAUUUUUGUACGAAAAAAGCUUUGUUAUAGAAAUCAGCAUACUAUUUUUUUAAAUCUGGAGAGAAGAUAUUAUGGUGACUGAAAAUAUGGUCAGGUGUCAAAUAUAAAUGUGUAAAGCCUUCUUGCUGUCCUGUCGGUCAUGUUACAUUCAUUUUAUAUUUGCUGGCAAUAUUGAAGGUUUCUUUUUUGUUUGUGUAAACUCUAAUUUCUAUCAAGGUGUCAUGGAUUUUUAAAAUUAGUAUUUCAUUACAGUUGUCUCAGCGUUGGUUAACUAAUUUUGCCAGGACCAUUAUUGAUCAAGCAAAUAAAUUCAACAGCCAUUUGAGGAAAAAA